UUAUUAGACUCAACAGAGCCCCCAGGACAACACCCAGAGGGAUGUGGGGCUUGGGAUGAGCCUGGCUCUGGAGAAGGGGCCUGUCCUGCAGCCAUCCCUCCCUGCUCCCCACGUCUCCUCCUCCCACCCCACCACCAUGGAAAUGCCCCCCAAGAGCCCCGACGGGAGCGAGAUGUCCCCCCAGUCCAAGGAGCUGGUGACCAGCCACACGGGCAGCACCCUGUGCAUGAGCUCCCGCAGCGAGUCCGUGUGGACCAGCGCCUCCAGGAGCAAGUGGGACAUUUACCACAAGCCCGUCAUCGUGGUGUCCGUGGGAGCUGCCGUCUUCCUCUUCGGGACGGUCAUCACCAGCCUGUCCUGCUUCCUGACCCAGAACAAAGACGCUUACAAAAUGUCCGGCCCCGCUUUCCUGUCCCUGGGACUGAUGCUCCUGGUCUGCGGCCUGGUCUGGAUCCCCAUCAUCCGCAAGAAGCAGAAGCAGAGGCAGAAGUCGCAGUUCCUCCAGAGCCUCAAGUCCUUCUUCUUCAACCGCUGAGGGCAGCCGCGACCUGCCCGAGAAGGUUCCCUCCCCUCCGCCAACCCGUGUUGAUCAGCCAUGCAAACAGACACUGUCUCGUACUCCCUGGAGGGUUCCUCCCCAGCCGGCGCCUUCCCUACACCGUGUCCGGCGUGAAAAUGAACUUUUGUACUUCACCCGAGUCAUCCCAGGGAAAAGAGGAGCAGGAAUUUUCAGCUGAGCCCAGCAAGGGUCUCUGCACUGCCCCGCUGUCCAAAGAGGGACCCGACGGCACAAACUGCGUAAAGCGAAGCCCCAGAGGAGCCUGGGCUGAAACAAAACCCCAGAGGAACCCAGGACCCCAGGAGGCUCUGCAGGAUCCAUCAGCAGAGAGGAACCACCUGACUGGAGCCACAGAUCCCGAAUCUGCCGGAGAGGCUGGAGGAUCUGCGCUGGAGGAUCUGCACAGCACCAGGAGACGCAGCAGAAGCAGAGGGCACAGAUCCUACUGAAGAUCCCAGAUCCUCCAGAGGGACACAGAUCCUGCAGAGGGGCACAGAUCCUGCAGAGGGACACAGAUCCUGCAGAGGGACACAGAUCCUCCAGAGGGACACAGAUCCUGCAGAGGGGCACAGAUCCUGCAGAGGGACACAGAUCCUGCAGAGGGACACAGAACCUCCAGAGGGACACAGAUCCUGCAGAGGGACACAGAUCCUGCAGAGGGACACAAAUCCUCCAGAGGGGCACAGAUCCUCAGAGGGACACAGAUCCUGCAGAGGGACACAGAUCCUGCAGAGGGACACAGAUCCUCCAGAGGGACACAGAUCCUCCAGAGGGACACAGAUCCUGCAGAGGGGCACAGAUCCUGCAGAAGGGCACAGAUCCUCCAGAGGGACACAGAUCCUGCAGAGGGGCACAGAUCCUCAGAGGGACACAGAUCCUGCAGAGGGACACAGAUCCUGCAGAGGGACACAGAUCCUGCAGAGGGACACAGAUCCUCCAGAGGGGCACAGAUCCUCCAGAGGGGCACAGAUCCUGCAGAGGGGCACAGAUCCUCCAGAGGGACACAGAUCCUGCAGAGGGGCACAGAUCCUGCAGAGGGGCACAGAUCCUGCAGAGCGACACAGAUCCUGCUGCUCCAGGCACCAGGCAGGGCAGGGAUGAGGGGAAUGUGUCUGGGAAUGGUGGGAGCUGUGGGAGCUGUGCCCAGGGCUGAGCUGAUUCCCUCCCAGGGAACUCUCCACCUCCUCCUGGCCAUGUCUGCUUGAGCUCCCCCGUUUCUCAAAGCAGUGCCACAUCAACAUUUCUGCUGGGAAAUGUGCUCCAAGAUGCCUGAGACCCGAAGCAGUUGUGUUUCCACACAAGGUGAGCUCGGGCUCACCUUGGCACCGGUGCCAGGCUUGCCCCAGUCUGUGCCCAGGGCUGUGUUCCUGGACAUCCUCCCACCCGUGUGGGCAGAGCUGGAGGUGGCACAUCCCAUCCUGGCAGCUGCAUUAGGAGCGUUUGGGCACACAAAUCCCUUUGCCCCAGGCUCAGCCUGGCCCUGAGCUUCGUUUCCUGCCUGGCGCAGGCGUCCCUGGGCAGCGGUGGCAGAUCUGGCACGGGACCCAGCAGAGCUGUUUGUUCCUCGGCCAUGCCCCGUGUCACGCCACGCUCUGCUGCUGUUUGCCGUCCUGGCACCGGGCACCAGCCUGUGUCCCUUCGGGCAGGGGACGCUCACCAAAACUCGGGGCAGCUGCAGCCAGGGACGGGGUGGACACCAGGAGUCAGGAUGGGAAACCAGGGAGCAGCGGGAGGAGCAGCCCCAGGCCCCAGCUGGCUGCAGAUCUGGGCACGGCUGGGAGCCCCGGAGCUGCACUGGGCGGAGGAGGCACCUGGAAAUGGGUCCUGCUGCACAGAGCUGUGCUCAGCCGGGGCUGCCUGGCCAAAGGGGUGCUCCAGGAGGGCCAGAACUGGCCAGUGGAGACAGGGAGCUCCUGCUGGACUCAUCUUUAGGGAGCUCCUGCUGGACUCAUCUCAAGGGGGUUCCUGCUGGACACAUCUCAAGGGGGUUCCUGCUGGACACAUUUCUAGGGAGCUCCUGCUGGACACAUCUCAAGGGGGUUUCUCUUGGACACAUCUCAAGGGGUUCCUGCUGGACACAUCUCAAGGGGUUCCUGCUGUCUCUGUCUCAAGGGGUUCCUGUUGGACACAUCUCAAGGGGUUCCUGCUGGACACAUCUCAAGGGGGUUCCUGCUGGUCACAUCUCUAGAGAGCUCCGGUUGGACACAUCUCUAGGGAGCUCCUGCUGGACACAUCUCAAGGGGUUCCUGCUGUCCCUGUCUCAAGGGGUUCCUGUUGGACACAUCUCAAGGGGGUUCCUGCUGUCCAC